AUGAAAAUAAGAGUUAAUUUAUUUUCCUCCUCCUUCAUCUGCCUUUUCUUGCUGGCGCAACGUCCAGCAUGGGGUGCAGACGGCCCAGAUGGGUCCCCCAGUAUUUUUAAUGGCGAACAUAAUUUGCUAAACUCGUUGAAGAAAAAAAUGCAAAACUUAAAUGAAAUUAUGCGAGGUGACGCGUCGGAAAAUUCACAUGAAGAGGAGGAAUUGGAAACACACGAAGAAGAAAAUGUAGAAGUGCAGGGGAACGAGGGGGAGCAGCAGGAACAGCAGCAGCAGCAACAACAACAACAACAACAACAACAACAACAACAUCAGGAGCAGAAAGAAGAGGAGGAGCCGGUGGAGCAAGCAGUUGUUGAGCAAUCAGAACAUUCAGUUGAAAGUGCACCAGGACCUGAUACAGAAGCAGCAUCGCCAACUAUCAAUGUACCAGCAAAUGUAGCAAGGUCAGACGUGCAGCCUCCAGAAGCACAGGCACAAAGUGAACAAUUGGAAAGUGGACAAGACAGCGACCCACGUACAACACACGUUGACGCUGAGCAAACGGAGGGCCCAUCUGCAACAGAAGCAGUCCAGACCACGACAACAGGAGAACAAGCAGAUGACUUGAACGAUGUGAACAUUAUGUACUUGGAUAAGCUGUGUGAUGAGAUUAUAAGCACCUCGGGAAGUACCAACCAGAUGCACAUGCCGCCUUACCACAGCAAAUACAACACACUGAGGAAGAAGUACGAGCUGAGCAUGAACCCUGUGGAAUAUGAAAUUGUGAAGAAUCUAUUUAACGUCGGAUUCAGCACACAGGGGGAAUCUCCAGUUGCUACUUCCAUAAUUGAAGUUCUAAAAAAAGUAUUAGAUGACGAGAAAUUUCAAGACCAGUUUGAGAACCUGGUACACGGGCUGUAUGGAUUUGCCAAGAGGCACAACUACUUAAGUAAGGAACGCAUGAACAACACAGCAAACUACUCGGAUAUGCUAAAGAAUGCCUUUAGCUUGAUGAACACCAUUUGA